AUGUCGUUUGGAGUCAGUCCUUCUGAUAUCGUCAAGCUCGUAGAGUUCUCUACGCGCAUCUAUGUUGCCUUCAAGGAUGCAAACGACAAUUCCGAGGCUCAGGUCGAGGCACUCGUUCGGGAGUUCUCAAACUUCCACGAGUGUCUCGUCCAGCUUGAUGAGCUCAUGAAGGAGUACGGCAAACCACUCCCGUUUCCUUAUCUUGACUUCAAGGAAACGCUAGAGAAAUGUGACAAGACACUCAAAGGAUAUGCCACCCAUCUAGUCGACAACAAGAAAAUGACUCCCAAGAAGUUCGUUUAUACUAUCAAGUAUAUCGGCAAAGAGAAGGAAAUCGAUGGUCUCAGGAAGCAGCUCUCUGGACACUACCAAGCAACUCAAAUGUGCAUCAGUUUUCUACAACUUCGACUCCACCUGGAAGCCACAAAACAAACACAGCGUCUUCUUGACUCGGCACCGUUCCGCGCAAUGAGUUUCGGCGGUCAAAUGUACUCCAGCAAUGCUUUUGCCAGCAGUUCUCGUGCUACGCCCAACGCACUGCCCCCACCUUCAGAAGCAGAUCAACUCUAUAAAGACUGGCUGGUGUUUAAUCGCUGGCUCAAGAGUGAAGAUGAGAGAAUAGUACGAGAGAACGAUCUCGUGUCCCGGCCACUUUCACUGGGCAACACGCCAGCAAUAGCUCCUAGCGGCGACACAGAAACCGCCGCAGUUCUCUACCACCUUAGGCGGGAAUUAGAAGAUGCCAUACUGAUUGAAGAAAAUCGUGCAAAACGGGUCGCCAUCGAGAAGACACGCAACAGUCUGUCGCCAAAUGACGCCAUACGAAAAGAGGUCAAGGCAAUGCCGCAAGUUCCACAGCGAACAUACACACUAGACACAGACCAUUCAGGAGACUUUUCACGGUUCAGAGAAUCUAGCCUGUCAAGCUUGAACACGGCCAUGCAGCAGAGUCCAACAGCCUCCUUAACGACCUCUCCAACAGGGAGUCCGCAAAUACCUGCAAACCAUUUUCACCCCAUCGACUGGAACAACAAUACCGCGAACGACAUGAACCGAACCCUAUCCGUAUCUACAGUGCAUUCAAAUGCCAGUAGUCGACUCUUUUCAAUUUCAUCGAUUGGCUCAGAAGCCAGCCAGAGCCCCGACGGCCACAAUAAUGGCCUAGCAAUAUCUACACCAGGAACCACGCCGGAGAACCCUGCCCUCCACCACCGCCUCUCCAAUGCCUCACUCGCAACCAUGGCCCUAGGUGAAGGCGCUUUGACCUGGACGAAACUCGGCCGCAAAGUAGACGUCGAGCGGACCUCUUCGAAGGGCGUGGAGCGCAAACAAUGCGACCUCCACUGGCGCUAUAACGAAGAGGCAGGCCUCUCCAUCCGCGCCGUCUUCCGAUCAGGCAAAGAAGUAAAAGUCUUCAUUACCCAAAGCUUCCCUGCGACGGGGCCCAGUAUCCCACUAACCACCAGCUCCCUUGACGGUGGCGAAACUUGCAUCAACUUCCCUCGCUCCAGUUACGGACACUUGGACAAACGCGCCACAGACAUCAAAUACACGUUCCCUACCCAAGAGUCCUCACACCCACUUCAAACACUCCUAUACACCAACAACGGCAAAGACGACGCGGAGCUCCUCUACGACCGUCCCGUCCUCACCGUCUCCUCGGACAAAAACAAACCUGAGUGCCGCAUGAAGAACAUCCGCCUCUGGCGCCGCACCGAGGACCUCGAUGCCGUCAACGGCCCUGUGUCUGCCGACGUCCUGGUCCUCCUGUUCUACACCUCCGCGCUGCCGGAAGGGAAAGGCCACUGGGUCGAGGAACCGCACUAUAUCUUCCAAUGGCUCGACGACGCGGUGUACAAGAAAGUCAGCGACAAACUCGUCCUCGUCGUGUCUAAGGAGCCGGGGAAAUGGAACCGCGACAAGAUCUUCAAGAGGAGGAUAAGCAGUAGCAACGACGUAUCAUCACCGUCCUCGUCGGCGGCACAGUCCAACGCUAUUGCCAUUCGCAGGACUUCUGCGGUACCAAUGAUAAGGAGGACAGACACGGGAGUAUCGUCAUCGUCGGCGAUGUCGGUGAAGUCCACGCUAUCAGUCUUCGGGGGUAAACCGUCCAAGGCGGCGAACUUGAACCGCUUCGGCUACUCGGAGCUGGAGAUUAAAUUUCAGAGUAAGAAGGAUCGGAUGGAUUUCCUGGAGAUCUGGAAACAAUAUGUCAAGCCGUUGGGGAUGGUGGACGGUGGUUAG